AUGCCUAGUGGAAUUCCCAAGAAACGGAAAAGUGAUAUCACGCCUGGAUUCCAGUUCCCACCCUCAAAAAAGCAAACCACCAGUACGGGGUCAGGACCGUCUUCGCGCAAGGGCUCGCUGGCCGAGGGCGCAUUCGACGAUCUGGGACGUUCGGACGAUGAUGAAAAUGAAUAUCUUGACGAUGAUGAUGCGGAUCUUAAAGGUAUUGGUGGAGGUGGUACUUUAGGAAGCGGUGGCGGGAGUGGUCACAAGAAAACCGGAAGCACAACAGGUGGGACGAAAAAAAAGGGGAGUACGAAAAAGGCUGAUGCAGAAGAAGAAGAAGAUGAUGAUGACGAUGAUGAUGACGAUUAUGGAGCAUCAGCAGCAGAGGCUGGUGGUGCUGGAGGUGGUAGCACUGGCCCCACAGAUGAAGAGCGACAAGCACAGGAACGGUUGCGGGUACUAAUGAGUAAUUUUGACGAUACACAAAUGUCACGAUACGAAGCGUUUCGCCGUGCAAAUGUGUCAAAAAACAGUGUCAAAAAGUUGGCAAAUGCUGUUCUUGGUCAAUCGAUUCCAGGACCUGUAGCUGUUGCAUUGUCCGGGUUGUCUAAAGUUUUUGUGGGUGAGCUGGUGGAAAUGGCUAAAGAUGUGCAACAUCAGUUGAACCAAAAAGCAUACAGAGAAAUGCAUCAACAAGUGCAAAGGGAUCUGGAUAAAGAAAAUGGGAAAACUGGAGAUGAUACUAAGACAAAUAAAGAUAAACUACCGACCGGACUGGCAACAGCAAUCCCAGUGCCUGGUGCACUAACAGACCCACUACUUGCUUUUACAAGUACCACUUCCACCGCUGCUACAACCACAAGCACAUCUUCUACGACUACUACAACUGCUGUCAAUGUUACCAAUGUUGCUCCUACGGCCCCGCUUCUUGCUGCGUUAGAUUCUGCUUCUACGUUCCCGUUUCUCCCCACAGGCGCUGGCCUUGACCCGCUUUUUGUACUUCCCCCUGAUUCUGCAACAGCUGCAGCUGUUACAACAUCGUCGACUAUAACUUUAAGUGAUGACGAUCCAGCUGCAAUAGCUGCAGCAGAAGCAGCAAAGGAAAAGGCAGCAAGGGAGGCCGAGGAAGAGGAAGAAGCUGCUGUUGAGAUGCUGGACAGACAACCGCUGCGAGCGUGGCACUUGCGUGAAGCAUGGAGGUUGUACCGACAAGAGCAUGGAGCAGUUCCCCAAGCACACUGGCGGCGACAGGGUGGUGAGGGUGAUGGACGAAUGUUUCGGUAA